AAAUCUGUUUUAGUAGUAGGGCGAUAUCUCUGGUCUGCAAAUAAACUUGCAGAGUUUUCACCAGGCAGUGUCUCACGAAAACUACAUGUGACACUUGACUGUAAGAAUCAGCAAAGAAAUCUCGAUUAUCACACACAAAAUCAAAGAUGAGUUCGAAGAGCCACAACCAUAACCAUAGGAAAAAGAAAUGCAAAUCGAAGAGCAGAUCACAGUCAGUUGUUUCCGAUCAAUUCAUGAAUGAUUACAGAGAUGCGAGUGUUACUAAUUUCGAUGAUGGAGAGGAAAUUUUCGCAAUUAAAACUUCGAAAAUUAUGGGAAGGUAUAUGGUAGCAACUAGAGAAUUGAGGCCAGGAAAUAUUAUACUGAGUGAAAUGCCUAUUGUUGUUGGUCCAUGCACAGGCUGUAAAGUGCAAUGUCUCGCCUGUUACCAACCGAUCGAAGAAUCUGGAAGUUACGCAAAAUGUAAAGGUUGCGAUUGGCCCUUGUGCAGUGCGAACUGCGCUAAGCUUGGAACGCAAUUCGGACACACCAAAGCGGAGUGUACAAUUUUACGAGAUUGCAAAUCUUAUCGUUUCUUGGAUUACAGGAAUUUCAGCAAGCUGAAAGAGAACUUCUAUUGCAUCGUUCCGCUCCGAUGUUUGAUGUUGAAGCGUACCGAUCCAAAGUCUUACGAGAUUUUAAUGAAAAUGGAGCAUCACAACGAAAUCCGCAAACAGCUGACGGACGUUUGGACAACGAAUCAGACGAUGAUCGUGAACAGGAUAAUCAGCGAUUGGCAGAUGAAGGAAUUCAGUGAGGAUGACGUGCACAGAAUCUGCGGGAUAUUGGAAGUGAAUGCUUUCGAGAUCGGUCAUCUGGGGGUGAACAUCCGGGGUCUUUACCCCACAGCAUUUUUGAUGUCGCACAACUGCAUACCGAACACGAAUCAUAACGACGAUGAGGAUGAUUUUAAGCUGACCGUCAGAGCGUCCACUUCCAUAUCAAUCAAUCAACCUAUAACCUUGAGCUACGCUUACACUCUGCAGAGCACGCUGAAACGGCGGGAACAUCUUUUGGAGAACAAGUUCUUUCAUUGCAUGUGCGCAAGAUGCAGAGAUCCAACGGAAUGCGGAACAUUCGCCGGAGCUCUGAGGUGUCCCAAAUGUCCGGACGGUUACGUCCUGGCGCUAGAGCCUUUGAGCCCAGAAUCCGAUUGGAAAUGCAACAAUAUUAACGGUUGUCCUGGCUACAAAAUAACAGCUAAAUCGAUGGAGCUGCUAAUCAAUAGGAUUUCCCGUGAAAUCGACGCUCUGGAUUCCAAUGAUCUUAAAGGUUUGGAGGCGAUUUUAAGUAAAUACCGGAACGUGCUGCAUCCCACCCACUACCUCUUCUUGGAAAUCAAGCUGAAUUUGAGCCAACUGUACGGGAAGAUCAACGGUUACUUAAUCCACGAACUCGACGAUGAGCAACUGCAGCGCAAGAUGGAUAUUUGCAAGGAGAUUAUCAGGAUCUUCGAUGUGAUUGAACCGGGAUUCACGCGAUUGAGGGGUGUUACGCUGUACGAGCUGCACGCACCCGUUCUUGUGCUUACCACAAGGCAGUUCGAAAGGCAGCUGCUAAACAAGACCCAAUUGAGGUACAGGAUCAAGGAAGUGAUCCGGUAUUUGGAGGAAGCGAGGAUCGUGCUGGGAUACGAACCGAGGAACUCGCCGGAGGGAAUAAUGGGUGUCGCGGCAGAGGACGCUCUUGAUAGGAUGAGGGAAUGGGGCAAGGUUGUCGGUAGGAUUUAAACAAAACGAAUAAUAAAAAAAAAGGAUAUGAAGGACGA